AAGGAAUUGCUUUCAGUUUCACUUCCCAGCUUUAAACAGCAAUCUUCACUGAAAGGAAGCAGUUAGAAGAAUCAUAACAGACAAAUUAUAUUCAUGGUUUAACUUCAACUGGAUAAUUUUUAAACAACAACUAGGUUUCUUUUUUUAUUUUAAAGCUUUCAAACCUAUUAAAAAGGAGUGCCUGUACCAUUCUUGUUUACACUCCCACUUUAGGAUCUCCUGACUGUUUUGGAUCUGUCUCUAAUAGCAGUUGCUGCUGUUGUCUUGCUUCACUCGUUACCCCAGAGAAAGAAACAACUCUCAAGGUUUCAGCUGGUAUCAAACGACUACAAGCAGAUCUACAACAAUGCAAGGACCUCAACCUGCCACAGCACCUGGAAUGCCCUAUGGCUCCCCUCAGCAGGCCCCUGGGGCUUACCAAGGUGCAGGGAACUAUGGAUUCCAGGCACAGCCCAUGGGAUUCCCAGGUGGAUUUGUUGCUCCACCUGUCCAGAACCAGCCCACCAUGGAUGGGACAAUCUGGAUGCCUAUCCCUCCUUCUAUUCCCAACUGCCCUCCUGGACUGGAGUACCUCACACAGAUUGACCAGAUAUUAAUUCAUCAGCAACUUGAACUUCUUGAGAUUGUGACUGACUUUGAAACAAACAACAAAUACGAACUGAAGAAUGCUCUGGGACAAAGGGUGUACUUUGCAGCGGAGGACACUGACUGCCUCACCAGGAAUUGCUGUGGGCCGUCGCGGCCCUUCACCAUCCGCAUUACGGACAACCUAGGCCGCGAGGUGAUAACGCUGCACAGGCCUCUGCGCUGCUCCGGCUGCUGCUGCCCCUGCUGCUUGCAGGAGCUGGAAGUCCAGUCUCCUCCAGGAACAACAGUUGGUUAUGUUGUCCAGAACUGGCAUGUGUGCCUGCCAAAGUUCACCAUCCAGGAUGAGAAAAGAAAGGAUAUACUGAAAAUUGCUGGCCCAUGUGUUGUGUGUCGGUGCUGUGAGGACAUUCAUUUUGAGGUGAAGUCUCUGGAUGAGACUUGUGCUGUUGGGAGGAUUUCUAAGCAGUGGACUGGAUUUGUGCGGGAAGUGUUUACAGACACAGAUAACUUUGGAAUCUCAUUCCCAAUGGACCUGGAUGUGAAAAUGAAAGCUGUCAUGAUUGGUGCUUGCUUCCUUAUCGACUUCAUGUUUUUUGAACAUAGCGGUAAAUAAACAUCAGCAAGCAGGAGUUUGAUAAUGAAAUCUAGAUGUUCUGUAUGGAAUGAAGAAGAACAUGGAUCUCCCAAGUUUCUGAUGAAUUGCAGCACUCCAGUGAGAAUAUGAGAAAUGCACAUGUUAUAGUUACAUUUCUGUAAGCUAAAAGCUUUAUGGUCUUUUUAUUAUUUUUUUAAUCUGAAAAUUUUUAGUAUUCAAUAAUUUUUAUUUUUUUGAAAUAAUUUUUAGUAUUCAAAUAAGGACUCUUUAUCUGUACAGAUCUGAACAGAUCAAUAAUAUGAUUUAGAGACAUACAUAGCAACAUUUUUUUUCCAAGAACUCUGUAAUUUUAAAGUAACUAAUUAUAGUUGUUACUUAUAACUACUAUAAUUAUACUUUGAUUCCUAAAAAGAGGGCUACUUCUAUAUUAAAUAUUAAAAAUAACCUAAGCCUAAUAAAGAGACACUGAUUUUUUCCUGGGUA